AUGGAGCAGGGCGAUUCUGAAGGCGAACUGCUACCACAAGCAUGGGCACGAUGCGCACUGCGACUACGGUGGCAGCUCAUCUUCGGCGCCGCCCAGCUCCUCCUCUCCUUCAUACCGGACUUCCACGACAUGGCGUGGCUCUCCGUCGUCGCCGCGGUCAUGUCGUUCUCGUACGCGUUCAUCGGCUUUGGCCUCGGUCUCGCAACAACCAUUGCUAACGGGACGAUCAAAGGAAGCAUAACAGGAGUUCAGAUGAGGACGCCUAUGCAGAAGGACACCCUGAAGUCACCACCGGCCGAGAACAAGACGAUGAAGAGGGCAUCGAUGAUCUCGAUCCUUGUCACGACAUUCUUCUACCUCUGCUGCGGCUGCUUCGGCUACGCCGCCUUCGGGAGCGACGCGCCGGGCAACCUCCUUACCGGCUUCGGCUUCUACGAGCCCUACUGGCUCAUCGACUUCGCCAACGCGUGCAUCAUCCUCCACCUGCUGGGCGGGUACCAGGUGUACAGCCAGCCGAUCUUCCAGUUCGCGUACCGGUUCCCGGACAGCGGGUUCGUGAACGACUUCCACACCGUCCGGUUCGCGUGCCUGCCGGCGUGCCGGGUGAACCCUGCUGCGCGUGUGCUUCCGGACGCUGUGCUGGCGCUGCUGGGCGCGCUCAACUUCUGGCAGCUGGCCAUCUACUUCCCCGUGGAGAUGUACUUCAUCCAGCGGAACGUGCCCCGGUGGUCCGCCCGCUGGGUCGUCCUGCAGACCUUCAGCGUCGUCUGCCUCCUCGUCAGCGCCUUCGCGCUCGUCGGCUCCAUCGAGGGGCUAAUCACCCAGAAGCUAGGUUAG